AUGGACUCAGGGCAGGCCAGGACUCAGGGCAGGCCAGGACUCAGGGCAGGCCAGGACUCAGGGCAGGCUGGGACUCAGGGCAGGCCAUGGACUCAGGGCAGGCUGGGACUCAGGGCAGGCCAGGACUCAGGGCAGGCCAGGACUCAGGGCAGGCUGGGACUCAGGGCAGGCCAGGACUCAGGGCAGGCCAUGGACUCAGGGCAGGCCAGGACUCAGGGCAGGCCAGGACUCAGGGCAGGCCAGGACUCAGGGCAGGCCAGGACUCAGGGCAGGCCAGGACUCAGGGCAGGCCAGGACUCAGGGCAGGCCAGGACUCAGGGCAGGCCAGGACUCAGGGCAGGCCAGGACUCAGGGCAGGCCAGGACUCAGGGCAGGCCAGGUGGAGGUGGAGGCGCAGGGACUCAGGACGUGGUGUGGGGGGCGGGGGUAGUGCUGGUGGAAGCUGAGAGGGCGUGGUGGGACGGGGUGGGGGUAGUGCUGGUGCUCAUCAGGGCGUGGUGGUGGUAG